CCUACUUCAGGGGCCGAUUUGCAAUUUUCCCAAAUUCAAGCGGGUUUGAACUAAGCGGUUCUUGAGUGAGCGCCUCACUGGUCACUCAAUUCACCGGCAGUGAAGGAACGAAUUCGAAUCAGCAACACUCGCAAAUGGACGUCCCCAAAGACCAAAUCUCCACUCUCCUCGACCAUGGCCUCUCCACCUCCGCCCAAGUCCUCGGCUCGUUUCUGGUCUCGUCGUCCUCCGCCAAUGCCGAAGCCAACCCGCACGUCAAAGCUGAGAACCUGGUGCUGCUCGGCGAUGCCUUGCUUCGCGACAAAGAGUAUCGGCGAGCGAUCCAUAUGUACAAACAAGCCUUGCAGUACCAUAGGAGUAUUCCAAAACAAACUUCAGCGAGUUCCAGAAGCUCGUUGUCCACGUCGAAUAGAUCGUCUUCUCCAAAUUCUUUCAAUGUAUCUGCUGUUAACGAAAAUGAGGUGAAAUUCAAGAUUGCAUCUUGUCACUCUUCACUGAAUGAGAAUAAAGCUGCCCUUCUUGAGUUGGAAGGGAUUCCGAGCAAAGCGAGAACUUUGCAAAUGAAUUUACUCAUGGGAAAGCUCUACAGGAACUCACGGAACAGUCGUGCUGCUAUUGCUUGUUAUAGAGAGUGCUUGAGAAACUGCUUUUACGUUGUGGAGGCUAUUAUAGCUUUGGCUGAGCUGGGAGUUACUCCUAAGAAUAUUAUCUCUUUGAUUCCUCAGACUCCAAAUAGAGGCAACAGGGGUUCAUAUGAUCAUCUCGAUUCAAUGCGGUGGCUGCAACGUUAUGUGGAGGCACAGUGUUGUAUUGCUUCAAAUGACUACAAGGGUGGUCUGGAGCUAUAUGCGGAGCUUUUGCAACAAUUUCCAAACAACGUACAUAUAUUACUUGAAAUGGCAAAGGUUGAAGCUAUUAUUGGGAAAAAUGACGAGGCUAUAAUGAAUUUCGAAAAGGCUAGGUCAGUUGAUCCGUACAUCCUAACGUACAUGGAUGAGUAUGCGAUGCUUCUCAAAAUGAAAUCUGAUUACUCAAAGCUUGGCAAGUUGGUGCAUGAUUUAUUGAAUACUGACCCAACGAGGCCAGAAGUCUUUGUUGCUUUAUCUGUGAUGUGGGAAAGGAAAGAUGACAAAGGAGCUUUAUCUCAUGCUGAGAAGAGCAUUCAAAUCGAUGAGAGACACAUACCUGGCUAUAUAAUGAAGGGAAACCUGUAUUUGUUGAUGGAUAGGCCUGAAGCAGCUGUAAUUGCCUUCAGAGGAGCUCGAGAGUUGAGACCUGAUCUUCGUUCAUAUCAAGGUUUAGUUCGCUCUUAUUUGGCAUGCUCAAAAGUCAAAGAAGCCCUUCAUACGGCCAGGGAAGCGAUGAAAGCAAUGCCUCAAUCUGCAAGGGCUCUGAAAUUGGUUGGAGAUGUCCAUGCUAGUAAUCCUGGUGGUAGGGAGAAGGCAAAAAAGUUCUACGAGUCAGCUCUUCGUCUCGAACCCGGUUUCCUUGGAGCUGCAUUAGCAUUGGCUGAACUGCAUGUCAUUGAGGGACGAAAUGGAGAUGCCGUCGCUCUUCUUGAGAGAUAUCUCAAGGACUGGGCAGAUGACUCUCUUCAUGUCAAGUUGGCCCAAGUUUUCUCUGCAACUAAUAUGCUGCAGGAUGCGUUGGCCCAUUAUCAGGCUGCACUAAGGAUCAACUCGCAGAAUGAAGCUGCCAAAAAAGGAUUGGACCGCCUGGAGAAACAGAUGAAGGGAGUGGAUCCAGAUGCGCCUGACGAAGAUGAAGAAAACGAUAUUGAGGAUGUAGAUGCAGAUGUCGAGGAGACAGAGCUGCUAGCCUGACCAAGGUGAUGCUUCAUACGGGGAAGGACAGCUUUGUGAAGGUUAAGAUCAUCUGAAUCGUGGAACAGGGCGUUUCUGAUCCAUUUGGAGCCAGAAAUUGGAGAUUCUUCUGCUUUUGCUUGGGUAAUCAUGAGUAGCGUCAUGACAGAUGGUACAGAUGGUCAGAAAAGCCUGCCGUUUUCCUUCAAUAUGUGAAUAUGGUGCUGUGCAUGAGCAGGUUUCCAAAUAUAGUGCAGCACGGCUUUCUGUUCGCCUCUGAAUUUGAUGGACGUGCCAUGCGAAAUACUUCUGUAUAUAGAUUCGAGCCUUCCUGUGGUGGCCGAGUCUUUUUUGCUUGUGACAACUUGACUUUAGUUUUAGCAGGUGAUGCUUUGGCUCUGAUUGUAACUUUAUUCAAAGUGAUGAUUCCUGAGAUAGUUAUUUUGUGCUAUGUCCAUUCAUGCAAUGAUUAAUUCAAA